UGUCCUGGCGGCUCACCCAAGCGGACUCACUGAGCGACGCGGGCGGGCUAUGACACCAGGGGCGCUGCUGCUGCUGCUGCUGCUGCUGCUGGGGGCGUUGGGGGCGCCGUUCGCCCCGGAACGGAAGUGGGGAUCCUGGACUUCGGUCCCAGACGGUGGAGAUCGGGAUGGCUUCCGUGCUGAUCCGAGAAGCCAAGGAGGGAGACUGUGGAAAUAUCCUGAGGCUGAUUCGGGAACUCGCUGAGUACGAGAAACUCUCAGACCAGGUGAAGAUCAGUGAAGAAGCCCUGAGAGCAGAUGGCUUUGGAGAGAAUCCUUUCUAUCACUGUUUGGUAGCAGAGAUUCUUCCUGUCCCCGGGGAGCCACAGGGUAAGAGCACCCCUAUCUCAGAGGUGCCCUCUCCAGUCAGCCUCAAAGGUCUCUCCCCCAGGUGCCCAGCGGCCUGA